AGGUAAACACUACAAAGGACAAAUUCUGUCCACUCAGCUUACCCUUUGCAUUAUAGAGGGCAGUGAGGUUUUGCUAACAUCCCUCCACAGGAAAGGUUUGUGGGGAACAUCACUUCAGAACCCUGAGAGAUAAAAAAAAAAUGGCUUCCACUUUCCAUGUAGCACUAUGCCUUGGGAUGCUGGCAUUGUGCUCUGCACUCCCCAAAACUAGAGAAGUUCGCUGGUGUGUUAAGUCAGACAGUGAAAAUAAAAAGUGCAAAGAUCUGGUUAACUCUUGUAAGAAUCCAGAGAUCACACUUAGCUGCGUCAGAAGGGACCACACUGAUGACUGCUUUGUUGCUAUUCAAAAUCGAGAAGCUGAUGCUGUUGCGUUGGAUGGCGGAGAUGUUUAUAGAGGAUCCCUGCAUCCUUACAACUUGAAGCCAAUCAUGGCAGAAAAGUAUGACACUAAAGCAGGUGAAGAAACCUGCUACUAUCCAGUUGCUGUGGUGAAAAAGUCAAGCAAAUUUAUGAUUAAGGACUUAGCAAAAAAGAGAUCUUGCCAUACAGGAGUAGGAAAGACAGCAGGAUGGAACAUUCCUAUUGGAUGGCUUGUUAAGGAGAACUUUAUUGAAUGGCCUCAGUCUAUUUCCAUUCAGAAAGCUGUGUCUAAGUUCUUCUCAGCAAGCUGUGCUCCCGGAGCAACAGAAGUUAACUUGUGUCGACAGUGUAUUGGAAAAGGAACUAAAAAAUGCACCCGCUCUAAUGAUGAACCUUACUAUGACUAUAAUGGCGCCUUCAAAUGUCUGAAAGACAAUAAAGGAGAUGUGGCAUUUGUGAAACAGACAACUGUACCAGCUGAAGACUACAAGAAUUAUGAGCUGCUGUGUCCAGACAAUACCAGGAAACCUAUUCCAAAAUAUAAAGAAUGCAGCUUUGCAAAGGUCCCAGCACACAGUGUGGUGACAAGAGACAUAGGAGACAAGACAAAUGACAUUAUUCAAUUUCUGCAACAUGCUGAGAAAAAAGGAUGCAAACUCUUCAGCUCUGUGCAUGGAAAUGAUCUUAUCUUCAAAGACUCUACAAUUGGUUUCCUUGCUCUGCCACCUGUUAUGGACACCUUCCUGUAUCUUGGAGCAGACUAUUAUGCUUCAAUUAAUGCUUUGCACAGGGUGGAAGGCACAUCAGUUCAAGGGGUAGUACGCUGGUGCACACAAAACCCACAGGAGAGGACAAAGUGUGACAACUGGACACCUGUAAGCAAUGGCGCCAUUGAAUGCACAACGGCCAACUCAGCAGAAGAAUGCAUACAUCAAGUUCUGAAAGGUGAUGCUGAUGCAGUUACACUAGACGGAGGGUACCUGUAUACUGCAGGGAAGUGUGGACUGAUACCAGUACUGGGAGAAUACUAUGAAACAGAUGACCUGUCCCCAUGCAAAACAAAAGGAGCAAAGAAACAAGGUGUUUAUUACUCUGUGGCAAUAGUAAAAAGAUCCAACAAGAACAUUUCCUGGAAAACUCUUAAAGGCAAGAAGUCAUGUCACACUGGGGUAGGACGCACAGCCGGCUGGAAUAUUCCUGUGGGUCUAAUUUAUAAUGAAACCAAAAAUUGUAACACAGGGGCAUUCUUCAGCAAGAGCUGUGCUCCUGGAGCCGAUGUGAAUUCAAACCUCUGCAAAUUAUGCAUUGGAAAGCCGAAAUGUGCUGAGAAUUCAAAAGAACAAUACUACGGAUACUCAGGAGCCUUCAGGUGUCUGGUGGAGAAAGGAGACGUUGCUUUUGUAAAGCACACCACAGUAUUCGAGAACACGAAUGGUGCUAACCCUGCUGAUUGGGCAAAAAAUCUGAAAUCAGCAGAGUUUGAACUCCUGUGUCUUAAUGGUGGUCGUAAGCCUGUUGAUAAAUAUAAGGAAUGCCAUCUUGCGGAAGUUCCUGCUCAUGCUGUUGUCACACGACCAGAAAAGAGGAAGGAAGUUGUAAACAUCAUUACUAACCAGCAGUCUUUGUAUGGACGCCAAGGGUCUCAGAAGAAAACGUACAGUUUGUUUGGAUCUACAAUAGGCAAGGACCUCCUUUUUAAGGACUCCACACAAUGUUUGUUGACUGUUCCUGAGGGUACUACAAUGGAAGAAUUUCUUGGAGAUGAAUACAACUCUGCAGUAUCUGGUCUCAAUGAAUGUUCACCAAAAUCAGAGCUCCUUUCUGCGUGUACAUUUCACAAAUGUUGAUGAGUUAUUGUUAAGAUGAAGACACCACGUUUGCCACAAUCAGAAGAGCAUUUUCCCUUAACCAACCCCCCCCCUUCUACAACUUGCAGUCAUUUUGUGUAACAUUAUAACCUGUCUCUACUUCCAGUCUUUCCAAUAAAUAGUUUAGAUCUGUUCCUAAAUAUAUUGAUU